AUGGCUCAAGUAGAAUUUCCCGUUUCCAACGUGGAUGCUACACAAGGAUGUGGUACAACAGAAAAGAACAAACCUUUAUUAAUUUGUAAAGGUUUUGCUUAUACUAUCGAUAAAACAACUAAUGAUAAAACUUAUUGGAAAUGUGAACAUGUUCGAAAAUUUAAACGUAAAGGACGAAUUCACAUUAACUGUACUCAUACAACAUUAUUACAUGAAAACGAUAAUCAUAAUCAUCCUGGUAAUCCCGUUUCAACUGAAAUUCGAAUAUUUGAAGAAAAAAUUCGUCAUCAAGCACUUAACUCAAACGAAGCUACACAAAACGUUAUUGAUUAUUGUCUCACGAAUUUAUCUGAUCAUGCUGUAGCUCGUCUUCCUGAUUUUAAGCAUGUUAACGAAAUAUUCAAAAUCACCGAUUUGUUUCUACAAUUUGAUUCUGGUCCAGACAAUGAUCGUAUUAUUAUAUUUGCAUCAGUUGAACAACUUCAAUUUCUUGAAAGUGGCGAACAAUUAUUAGUCGAUGGAACCUUCAAGGUAACACCAUCGAUUUUUUAUCAAUUAUACGCUAUGCACGUGGUUUAUGGAAAUGUUGUUUUACCUGUCGUAUUCGCAUUAUUACCAAACAAAACUCAACAAACUUAUCGUCGCCUUAUUGAUAAAUUAUCAAAAAUUUGUCCAUUAUGGAGUCCAAAAUUUAUAAUGAUGGACUUCGACCUUGCAUCAAUAAAUGCAUUCGGUGAUAAAUUUGUAACAACAACAAAUCGAUCAAUAAUAUCCGUUUGUUUUUUUCAUCUACAAAAUAGCAUUCAACGUAAACUGCAAGUUAGUAAUUGA